AGGUAUGAAUGUGUGAGGACAAGGGUUUGUAGUGCUGGGGGUAAUAUGGACUAGAACUGAGUGCAUGGUAGGUCAGGUUGGAGUAGUUAUGAGAUUACUGGAAGAAUAGUGCAUAUAAGAACGAUGUAAUUAACUACAACACAAUGUAAGUAAGAGAAAGGCUCUGGCUGGUGCCCAACUGAGUAAUAGGAAAUGCUAUGAAGUGUAUGUGUCACAGGGCGAGGAAAACGAGCUUAAGGAGGAGUCAAAGGGAGCGGUUUAUACAACCGGGUGACCCCCUCCUGGUUUCCUGGCUUCUCUCUGGGGGAGGGAACCUUCAGGGAAUAGGGCAAAAAAGCACCUGGGUGUGUUAUCUUAGAGAGGGGAAGUCCCUGCAUGAGAACUGCUUGCUGCAAACUGACAGCUAGAGUCUGACUGCCGGCUAGAGACAGGGGGGACACCGGGGGAGUGAGAAGGGACGGGAAAGCCUGAGACAAGUGUGGGGAAAAAAGAAGAGGAGGGGUGUGAUCGCAUAAGACAAAGUACAAUGUGCAAGGAAAGCAACUGAGCUACAGAGUUAACUGCUAGAUGGAGGGGGCGUUUUGGGGCUGCAGAAGUUAAGGGGGGCUCUAGUUAAGGGAAGGCUCAAAUAGGUGCUAGACAGAGAAGUGGAGUGUCAUGCACAGGGACUGGAGAAAGAAAGAGAUAUGAUUGGGCAUAACCAAAGAGAUAGAGACUGUGGGAUUCAUAAUGUGCUGCAGGGGUCAGAAAGGCACAGGUGAGACAGGUGCAAUACAUGGGCACCUAUAUCCCUACAGAACUACAGGCAAAGGUAUUAGAACCCAGAGACAGGUAUAUUGAACUGCAAAUUUAUGUACAGUUAAAAAUGUAUUAGGUCAGAUAGACAGACAGACACAGGUAUCAGUAGAAUCUUAGGAAUCAGUACAGUAAGGUUCAGGCAUUCAAGCAGCAAAGAGGGACAGACAGAAAGCAGAGAGGUAGAGUUGGAGAGGCAUAAGCAAACACAGGCAGAGACUGACACAGGUAGGUAGAAAUAACCUACAGAAUGCAGUGGGGUGGAAAGCAGUAGAGCAAAGGAGAGGGAGGAGGAGUGAACUAGAUGCAAGAGGAGGGCAGCUGAGGGCAAAUACAGGAAGGGCAGAAACAGGACUGCUUGCCCUCUGCUUUGUGACCAUUAAAGCUGCUGUUGCUGCAUGGAGUGUCAAGAACACCCACUUUGAUCAAUGGGCACCCCUAAAAGCCCUUGUGGUGGGAGCAUGGAGGCAUCUCCUUUGGAUCUUAGCACCCGCAAAAAAAUGAAUUUAGCCAGUGUGGAUGCUGCACACAGCCCCCCGGGACUUCACUCAUGGACAGUAGAAGCUGGAGCGCUCAGCCUGAAAGUGGUGAAGCUGGAAAAAGUACAGUUACCAGCAGCAGAGGGCCCCAGAGAGUCAUCGGAGAAACUAGGAGCAUGCAAAGACCAAGCCAGCCUCCCCAUCCGAAAACGAAGGUACCACCCGCCUCUGGAGCAUGAGGGGCACUUGGUGAAACGGACAGAUAGGAGCUUAGAGUGGCCAAAGAGGUGCCAAACUCCGUGCAUGACCUUUCCAUUGCCAGACUAUUAUAAAGGUGCUUCAUAUUUGCCCUCAUCGUUACCCCUUUACGCUGUUCCUGCCCCUCCAUUACUCAACACACCUCUCCUAGGAAUUCUUCCUACCCAGCACCCUAAAUUGCUCCAUGCAGACACACAGCUCCAGGCUGACAUUGCUGCCGCCACUCGCCCGGAUGAGGAUGGAGACACAGCUCUGCACAUUGCUGUGGUUCAUGGAAACAUUUUGGCUGCUCAGAGGGUGAUAGCUUUCCUCCUCCAUGGAGCAAGACAUCUAGAUAUGCUGAACAAUCUCAGGCAGACCCCGCUUCACCUUGCGGUGAUCACAGAUCAGCCAGCCAUGGUCUCCCUCCUCUUGCAACAUGGAGCUACACCUCAGAUUCCAGACCGCAAUGGGCAGACUUGCGUUCACCUAGCCUGUGAAUAUGAGAGCAUGAGGUGCCUGGAAAUCCUACUGAGAGGAAGAAAAUGGGGCCUGGAAGCAACAAAUUACCAGGGUAUGACUGCUCUGCAUGUGGCUAUCAGUACUGGACAUGAGGACCUGGCACUCUGUUUACUGGAUAAUGGAGCAGAUGUGGAUACUGUGGACAUAAAGAGCGGCCGCAGUUCCUUGAUCCAAGCAGUGGAAGGUGGUUCUAUAGAACUGGUUUCUCUUCUCUUACAGAGGGGCGCCCAAGUCAAUGCGCAGACGUAUGCCGGUAACACAGCAUUGCAUGUGGCCAGUGGGCGAGGCCUGGUAGAGAUCACAAGGUUACUGCUGCGGAGCGGAGCUGAUGGCACCAUAAAGAACUGUCACAAUGAUACCGCUGUGACCGUGGCAAAGGAUAGAAUGAUUUCAGAUAUUGUGAGGGGCAAAUCUUCCUCCCCACGGGAUAUGAAGGAGAGAUUCAGGGGAGAAUUCAAAAACAGCGCUGUUUCCUCAUCUCCACAAAGAGCGACACCAGGAUAUAACCCUGCCAGAUCCCCGACAUGAGGAAGCCAUUCAUUCCCCUUUAUAUAUGAAAGACAUUCAAACCUGGAAAUGACUUGAUCUAUCCUUUGGUACCCCCCAUGCCAAGUACAAGAGGUUCCUGCACUGUGGAGAAUUAUGAUGGUUCAACAUCAAAAGUUUUCUGCUCUUUAAUGAUGGCAAAGACAAUAUUUGGGUUAGAGAACUGGGAAUCACAAAAAUACACAAAGAACCCUGUUCUCCUCUCCAUCCUGCUUUGAGUACCAUUGCUGAAACAGAAUAAUUCUUAUCUUAGGUCUUUAGCGCCCAGUUCAGCACUUAGAACUACUCCUAAGACCUGCAUCUGAAUUCCAAGGAUUUUUUGGUGACCCUUGAAUUUUCUUUGUGCCAGUGAUUCUACAUGUUUACCAAUUAAACCUCUCCACAAUUUUGCAUGGACACCAACUCCACUACUACAAAGUAACAUGAACCAAUAGCCAGAGCCUUGUAUUUUAUAUCCAAUUCAUGUUUUAAAAAAAAUAGAAACCUUCAGGUCUGCGUUGGGUGUGUCAGGUGACACAAUGAUUAUCAUUUAAAAAGUUAUUUAAUAUUUUUUGUCAUUAAUAAAUAUUUUUAUACUAAA